AAACAUUUAUUAACAUUUUUAAAGCAGUUAUCUGCUACUUGAGGCAAAAAUAAAAUAUUUUUGUUUUAUUUUUUCAAUACAGUUUUACAGUUACUAUUAACGGCGCGCCAAUCGCUGAGUGGCGUAAGUUUAAAUCUAACGGAGAAAGUUGAUUUCGAUAAAAUUUUCCUGUAUUGGGUAUUCAAAUUAGAGUGUAUGAAGUUUUGCUAUGCCUCGAAAAACUAGUCAAAGAAGUGCAGCUAUUGCUGAAGCCAAGAAUGAAGGAAAUGCUCCUAGAAGAUCUGGUCGGGCUGUUACAAAGCAAGAGACUACUACAAAAGAAGCCUCACGGUCUAGGCGUAGCUCUACUGCAGCUCAAACUGCUGCAUCUGUAGCUGAUUCAAAAACUCCAAGGGUUAAAGGAAGCUCUCAAAGAGAAAGUGCAUCUCCAUCAGAUAGUCGUUCUAGUAGGACAGGUGGGGAAACUCCUGCAACUCGUGUUAAAUCAACUCGUCGAAGUACUGGUAGGAUUAAUUACAAAGAAAGUGAUGGAGAGGAAGAGGUAUCUAACACUAAGUUUGAUGACAAUUUUGAGAGUGGUGAUGAUUUAGAAGAGUCUGAAUCAGAUGAAAAAUCAAAAACACGUGGAAGAAGUAGAUCAUCUAAAACUACACCGAAAAGUGCAGAAAAAUCAAAAGGAACAUCUCGCUCUCGUAGAGGUCGUCCCAUCAAAAAGAAAGAGGAGGAAGAGAAUCAAACAUUUGAUGUUUCAGAUGAUAGUAAUGAACCAGAGGAAGUUCCAAUAAAACGAGGACGAGCAGCCAAAGACAAAGAGCCUGCUAAACCUACAAGAAACAGGAGACAGAGAGCUGAAAUAACUGAAGUUAAAACUAAAGCUGCUACUGAAGAUAAAUCUAGGCAAACACGUAGAAGUGGCAGGGGCUCUACUAAUAAGGAGGAAUCGCCCAAAAAGAGACCAACGCGGGGUGUUCAAGCUAAGCGUUAUGCUGAAGAUGAUGAUGAUGAAAUUGAAGAAAUUAGUGAUUCUAAAGCGGAUGAAGAUGAAGUUGUGGAAAUGAAAGAAACGGAAAGUCGCAAACGGAAACGAGGCGCAUCUCCAGAAGAGGCUAAUAAACGUCUCAAAGAUGCAGGUGAUGAACAAGAUGAAGAACAAUCAAAGGAGGCGGUAACAAAAGAGGAAGAUGUUAUUGAGGAAGAAAAAGAAUCUGUAAAAGAAGAGAAAUCUGUUGAAGAACCAAUGGAAAUUGAUGUCCCUGAUUCCCCUCGAAUUCCAGAAACAGAGGAGAAAGCUGAAAAAGUAGAGGAUAAAGGUUCUGAUAUGAAAGUAGAAGAAAAAGUUGAUCAGACUGACAAAGAACAUUUAGAAGAAAAAAUGGAACAAGAAAGUACUGAUGAAAAAAUGGAAAAAGAAGAAACUAUUGCUACUCCAAAAGAGCAGCAAAUCAAUACAGAUAAGGAAGAUAAUGUAGAAAGUUCCAAUAAGGAUGAAAGCAUCCAGAGUUCAGAAUCUGAUUCAAGUAAGAAAAUCGAACUGUCAUCGUCAGAAUUGGAUGAUUCCCAGAAUGCCAAAGAAACUGAUAAAGGUAAACCAAUUGAUAAACCUGUUGAUGAAAUAAAAAUUGAUCAACCUAAAGUAGAAAAAAUACUAGAACCUAGUUCUCAAUCACCUGAACAGAAAUCUGAUAAGGAUAAUGUAUCGUCUGCUCAAAUUCCCGUGGCUUCUGAGACAAAUCUCGAAAAAAUAACAGAUAAUAAAGUUGAACCUCCUAUUGAUACAACAGUGAAAGCUAAUAAUGAAACUUCUAAAGACGAGAAUGCUGUUCAAGAAGAGAAAAAGACCCCAUCAGUUGAAGAAACUACAGUUCCUUUAGAAACAUCUAUUCCUGUGGCACCACCUAAAGAAUCUAAUACAGAUACAGCUUUGAAUGGAGCUGAACAAAGUAGUACUACUCAAAAGUCAACAAAUGAGGUUCUUAAUGUUAACACCCCUAAUGUAAACUUUGACCAUUCUGAAAAUAAUACUCCUAAAGCAAAUGGGGCACAUAAUGAUGUGCAACAUACAAAUUCUUCUAUUAAAGACCAGUAUUACGUACUACCUGGACGAAAAUAUGUUAUUAAUUCUAAGUUAAAUGAGAAUUUAAGGCAGUCUGUUAAAAAUAGCAUGUUUGGAUUUGUAUCUUUUAACUUGGGAACUCCUGACUCGGAUGCGUAUUUGCAAAAAGAUAAGCUUCUGAAUGAAUUGAGCAAACUUGAUGCCCAUGUAAUUUGCUUGCAGCAAGUAGCAAAGCCAUUUUAUAAUGCUGUAUUGGAACCUAGUCUUGAUGCACUUGGAUUUAAAAGUAUUUUUAGCCAACCUCAAGAUAGUCUUAAAGGAAUGGCCACUUUUUAUAAAAGUUCACUUUUCAGACUUAGUGGAAAAUCUGAUAUAUCAUUAAGAGAAUUGGUUGAAAAGGAAAUUGAAGCAUCUCCCCUUGAUUCUGAACAGAAAGCUGCUGUAAAAUCACAUAUAAGAAGAUGUGGAAGUGUUCUUUUCACCCAUUUUUCAACUGUCAUAGGAACACAGACCAUUACUGUUGCCAAUGUACAGAUUCCUCGUUCAGAUUUCAGCUCACAUGCAUUACAAAUUUCUUGCCUGGCACAAGAAGUUAUUCGAAUAAAUGGUGGAACAAAUAAACCCUUGUUAUUGGGUGGAGAAUUUAACAUUGCAGAAAAUGAUGCUUCAUACCAGUUACUUAGAGAUGGAUAUCUUAGCAAUGAAAUGAUCGAGGAAUUGCAGCAGAGGAAAGAUGUUGUGCUACCAGAUAAUAAGCAUGAUUCAUUGGUGAAUCUACUUUGGAAAUCUUUCCAGCACCCGUCCUCUAAUUUGUGUAGCUGUUAUCAUUCUGUGUUGGAUCACGAGUUCAUCAUUCCAGAGUUAAAAACAGCAUCACCUGAUCUCUUAUGGUACAGUUCCGAUAGUUUGCAUACUGUUGGUGUCCUUGAUGCGGUGUCUGACAAAACUGGUGAUCAUCACCUAUCACUAAAAGCCGAUAUAGCAUUUUCCAUUUGAGAAGGAAGCAGAUUUUUUCGUCUGUUAAUGAAGUUAAAACAUAACAGCAUCUGUUCACUUUUUUUGUUAUAGAAAAGAAACUUGUAGUUUGCUGGAAACCUUUUGUAUACAUGAAUUGUAAAUUUAGAUGUCCCUUUUCAUCUUUUGUUCUGCUUACCAGUAGUUUCAUAUUGCAUAAAUAAAUCAAAUUUUAAAAUGACAAUGCAGUAGUAUACAAGAAAAGAUUUUUAAAGAAAUAACCAGUGGGUUUCAAAUAAUAUACAAGUUAUAUUUGUGAUGGAUUUCUGUUAAAUUGGUUAAUUGUUUUAUCUUUUAUUCUGUUAAAACAAUGUAUUUCCUUCUCUACUUCAUUAUAAUUGUCAUACAGUUAAAAUAAAAAUAUUUUUUGCAUUACUAAAAAAUGGCUCACCUUUUUUUUUUUUUUUUUUUACAUUAGGAGUGCAAUAAUGAGUUUGUUUAUUACUAGUUUUACAAAAUUAAUAGUUCUAUUAAAUUAAAAUCUUUUGGUGAGUAUGCAGAAAUUAUUCUGAUUUCUCUCUCUUUUUUUAACAUUUGUAUAAAUGUAAAGUUACAAUCUUGAAACUAUUGGUAUACUUGUGCCAUUUCUUUUAAUACAGAAUUUUUCUUUUCCUUUUUUGUGCUUGUGCAUCAAUGGAACUCAUUUUCUUCUUCUCUGGCAUUUUAACAUUAAUCAUGUGAAUAUAAAUAAUUCAUAUCUUAUAUUAUGUGCAUUUGUGGAAUGUCUUUUACUAGAUGUUAGAUGCAGAGAAGUAAAUCCUUUAGCUCUAGCUAAUAGUAGAGUCAAAAGUACAAAAUUUCUCUAUAAGCUCUAUGAGAUUUUAUUUAAUAGCACCAAAAUAAAAAAUAAAGUUGACUAUUUUUAAGCAAAUGUAGAUCUGAUUUCUUGAAUACAUAAAUAUGAGAUUCAUCUUUUUAAUCAAUACCUUCACGAACUCUUUAUGAAAGAGUGGGAAGGUUGAGAAAUUGAUUUUAUCAAAAGUAUUUUGAUUAUCUACAUAAUGUGUUUGGAAGUGUAUGUACAGAAGAGUCUAUUCAGAUAUGUUUAAAUAUCAACAUUCUAAACUCACCUUAUCAUCUCAUGUUGUUAAAUCAUUGUCAAGCUGUGUAUUCCAUUUCUCUCACUGUGAAUCGUUUAUGCUUAUAUUGUAGCAUUUUAGUUUGAUUCAGUUGUAUUAAUAUGCAUUAUGUUAGAGAGAAAAAAAUGUUCAAAACAAUCAUGCUCUCACUUUCAUAAUCAAAAUCUGCAUUUAGAAUGUUACUGUAAAUGAAUGUUGUUGAAAGGUGAGGUGUGACAGUUUGAACACAGAUGUGUUGUGGUUUUCCUUCUCUCUUUUUUACUGCAAAAGCUAUCUCUUGAAGCAUGAAGUAUAUUUCUUUAGUAUGAAGUUUUAUAAGCAUUUGAGUAUACUCUGUUAAAAAGGUACAAUUAUCUUAAAGUAUGCAUCUUGUGUAAAGAAAACUUUCAUUAUCUUAUUUUCUCUUCAAGUAUGUUUUUCAUAGAUAUUUUUUAAUUACAGGCAUGGUCAAUUGCUAUUGAUUUUGUUACUUUAAAGGAAAUCUAUCCCACAAUGGCAGCUUUUAUGUAUUAAAAAUAUUUCCCAGAAUUUAAUCAUUUUACAUUCAAAUAAUUUUCACAAAAGCAAUUCAUUAACGAGUAAUUUAUUAACAGUUCAGCGAAAUAUUGUGCCAGCCAAAGGAAUAAUAGGUUUUACUGUUUGUCUUAUUAAGUUAUUCUUAUAGUUAAGAGUUCUGUUGUUAGAUAACAAUGAAAAGCUAAGAGGGGAAAAAAUUAUUUUAUACUCUGACACGUUUCAUUUCUACCGUAAAUUUUCUUAAACAUAAAGUUUUCAGAAUUGAAAGUACUUACCAUGCCUUAUUAUUUCUGUGCAUGAGGAUUAUUUUAAGUGAAAUUUUUAUUAUUAUUAUUAUGUACCAUGUUGCAUUUUUUAAAAAUCUUAAAAAUACAUUAUGAAGAAGUCUCUGCUGUUCUGAUUGUAUGCAUGCUGUUAGUUUUUCCUUAUUUUAUUCUCAUUUCAUUUUUUGUGUGUGUAUAUGUUAGUCUUGUGCUGUGCCGUCUUAAAUGUUAAAAUUACUUUUUUUUUUUUUAAAUUCUGUUACAUGAAGAAUUUGUAUAUAUAUUUUAACCUAAAAAAUAAAUACAGAAAUGCAUAAAUUUAUAUAUUAUUUUUACCUGAAAAUAUAUGAAGCUUUCAUUGAUAUAGAUUUAAGUUUUUGUAUUCUGUUAUUUAAUAAAAUGCAGUUUUAUUUGUGCCAGAAAUGAAAUAAUCAAAUAUUUUUAUUUGGUGAUCAGGGUAUGCUUUUUUUAAACAUAUAUUGUACUUUUUUCUGGUGAUUUUGAUAUAAAUUUAUUUACUCUUUUUUCACAGAUCCUCACCUAAUCAAAAUUAAUAUCCGAGUAUUCAGUGGGAAAGUAUUUGUUAAUUUUAUUUUGGAACACAUUAUUGUAGUUCUUGAUUUUUUUUUUUUUUUUUUUUUUUUUUUUUUUUAACAUUUAUAAAAGCAUAGCUUUAAUAACUGAAAAUAGCAAUAUCUUUUUUAGGUAAUGUAUCAUUCUAGUAAUUCUGAUUCAUAUUUUUACAUUGCAUUUGCUUUGAAUUGUCUUUGUUCACUUAUCCUUCAAUGACUUGUAAUUAAACACAGCCUUUAUGCUUUUUUAAUUAAAAUAGCUCUUGUGGAAAUAUUAGGGCUCUUAAUCUUACUUCUAUAUUAUACUUUAAUAUUUGGAAUGAUGAAUUAAGCUAAUAAAUCUUGUGCAUGAAAUUUAUCUUACUCAAUUGCAACCACUUUUACAGUCGUGAAAAUAUAUUUUAGAAAAGCAUUUAAUUUUGAUCUGCAAAUAUAUUAAAUUUCAAAGCAUUAGGAAGUCUUAUGAUGAGGAUCAGAGCAAUUCUACUUAAUUUGAACUGUGAAGUCAUCAUUAUCAAUAAUUGCUUAAAUUUUUUUUUUAAUUCUUAAUUUUCCCCCCCGCUUCAACUGUGAUGUGAGAAUCACUUACUCUUAUUGAAUGUUAUUUCUUUUUAAUGCUGUUCCAUCCUUCUUAUUGAGCUUUUCCCCUUCUCUUUUGAUGAAUGUGUGGACUAUUACAUGGCAAUAAAGUUAUUCAUUUAUUAAUAUAAGAAGAUGAAAGAAAUAUGUGUCAUUUAAAUAUGAAUAGAUAUUAUCAAUAACAAAUAUAAUAUUUUUUGUAUUUUUAUGUUUGAAGUGUUGUAUUUUUUAAAAUAUAAAUAUCAAGAGAUCAUCUCUUUAUAAUAAAUAACCUCCAACUCUAUUAUGUCCAUUUCAUGUCAGUGUAUUUAUUUAUCUACACACAGAAAUUUGAUAUUCAUGAAGUUGUGAAAAUAACAGCUUUCAUCUAUAAGACACAAAGUUGAGAAGAAUAUGCAGAAAAAGUUUGCUGAAAACUGAAGAAACUAGAGGCUUCUCUUUUAAAAAAACAGUUGCAAUUGCUUUUGAAAUAUUAUUGUAUCAAAAACCAUUUGGACAUUGUAAUCAUAAAGUAAGAACUACAUUCUAACACAAAGCAUUGGAAACCACUGUGGUGCUCAAGUUUGAAUCUGAAUUUGUUGAUACAUUAUAAUUUUCUUUUAAUACUUUUUUUUAAAAAAAGUUGCCUUUUAAUACAAGCAUUAUUAUUAUUUUUUUCAUAUUUACCACACAGUAGUUAUUCAUUUAUUAAUGCAUGAAGCAGUUUUCUUAAUAUGUUCAGCUUGCUUCUCAUAUUAAAUUAAUUUAUUUCAAAGUUUCUUUCUUAAAUUAGAGAUAGAUUCGGAUCCCAGAUGGGAUUCAAAACCACUAACAACAAGAUUCCUCCCCUUCCUGGUUCUUCAAUAUUUAUUAGCAAUAAUAUUACAUACAGCCAUUUUUAUUUGAACUAUUUCCAAAUUAAAUUUUGUGGUGUUUUAUUAAUAUUAAUGUUUUUUGUUUUUACAUGCUUAAUUAAGGUUGAAAAUGAAAAUUAUUCAUAGGUGGGAUCAAAAAUAUUUUACAAUCACAGUGGAGCAUGAGCCAAAAAAUUCUAAGAAGCUCUUCUGUAAUCUCUUCUGUCAUAUUAAUUUUGAAGAUAUUCCAUUGAUUGAUUUUUGGUAUAGUUAAAAAUUAACUGUAUAGUUUUUAAAUGGUGAAUAUACUGUUUUGUGAAUGUUAUUAUAAUUGUUUAUCAGUUCUUGUACUUGUAACUAUAUUUUGCAAUAGAGAUUUCAGUGGGGUAGGUUAUAAAUAUUUGUUCUACUUACUGGUGUAUUAUUGGAUGCAUUGAAUCUUGCGGAUUAUUUUUUUAAAAUAUUUCUUUUUUCUUCUGAAUUGCUGCAUGAUUUUUUCCCCUUUACUCUAAACUACUUGUUAAAAAAAGUUUCUGUCAAACCUCAUUAAAUCUUUAGUAUUUUAGAUUUUUUGUGUAAGUCUUAGGUGAUAAUUUGUUUUACAAAGCUUUAUUACUUUUAUAAUUAAUUUUGAUUUUGUUUGAACUUAUGAAAAAAUGUUGUAUGGUGUGUUUGUAAAUAGACUCAUGACUUGGAAGGGGGGAAAAAAGCCAGUAAUACUCUUUUUACUUUAAGAAUGCAUGCAUAUUUUUUUUUUUUUCAGUUUUUGUGGAUGUAUGUGCAUACUUUAUUAUUAUUUAGCAGUUUUAAAAUGGUUGUAAUUUCCUUUGUAUGUGUAUACAACUGUUCUGUUCUUUAGAUAUAUAUAUAUAAAUAAUUAUGAAUUUGCUUAUUAUGUAUUGCCAUCCAAGAAAAUCUAAUCACAUUGUAAAUAUUUGUAUUUUGAACGGCUGCAUAGAUUUCUCAACAUUUCUCAAUUUAUAGUUAAAACUUUUUAUAUAUUUAUCCCUUAUACUUAAUCGCACGUAUCAUCUCAACAGAUAAUUAAAAAAUUUUGAACUUAUCUCAUUCCUGUGAAAAUUCAAAAUUGAAAUAAUCAUAAGCAUAUAUUAUAAAGCUUUUAAUACCACUCUUAUUUUUAAAUUCUUGAAUGGAAAGUAAAAUGAAAUUAAUUUUUAAUAAGAUACUGCUGGUAUCUACAAAGCAUUUCUCAUUUAUAAGUGUUAUCAUUUGGUAUAAAUUGAUAUCCUUUGGUAACUUUUUGGUCCUUCGGUUAUUGAAGAUAUUCUUUUUAUUAUUAUUAUUAUGAGACAUACUACUAAAAAAAAUACUUUUUUUUCCCCUCAACACAGCUCAAGAUACUCUUUUGUGUUGGAUAAUUUCCAACUCUUUUUAGAAAAUAUUUGUACAACAUCAACAUUUGAUUAUUGCAAAUGAUAUAUUUUUGCUGUUUCCAUUGAUUAUUGUAACAUUAUAAAGAAUCUUUUAAAAAAUUUAUACUCAUCAAUUACCAUUAUUGAAUAAUUUUUCACUCUUGAAAUAACAUUAUGCCGCUGUUUUAAAAGGAGGAAAAUAUUUGUAAUACCAUAAAAUUUGUGUGUGUCAAAAUGGGAUUGUGAAGGUUUCCUUUUGUCUUUGUUUUGUUUUUGAAUAAACCAUGUAGGUUUAGUUUCAAUAAAGGUUUAUUUUACACUGA